CCAAGCCCUGAUAAUUCCAAGUUGAUCAUUGCUCACAGCCCGAGCUAUGUUACAUUUUUGCCAAAUGCUGGUACCAUUGCCGCUGAUGAAAUCUCCAAUGUUAUUGCCCUCGCCCUCGGCUUUUCCUCGACAAAGGUAUGUAAGCGCAUGCGCUAAGAUCCUAGGAUGACGAGGGCGGCAAAAACGUCGCCCAAAAGGUGAAUAUUGUGCGUUCACUUAAUCUUCAUCGCGAUUUUUCGAACUCAUUUAUUUUUUCAAAUGUAGGUGACCUCUCCUUAAAGUAAAUUUCUAAAAGCCAUAUCGAAGUUUAGAAAAAGAAAGAAAAUUUUGUCGCCGCUUGUUUAGGUCCUUCAUGAAACGUGAAAUAAGGUUGUAGUCGUGCAGUGACCACAACGAAAUGUACAACAAAGUGUGAUGCACGUGCAAUAGUGUUGUUUUGCUUAUCAAACCUGUUUGUUUGUUUUCUUUUUGUUUUGUUCUCGUUGUUAUUGUUGUUUUUUGACGUUCUUGUUGCUGUAGCGGUCGUCAGAUCUUAAGGACCCUAUUACCGACUCCACCGCACCAGGCCUUCUCCUCAGUAGGCUCCUCAUGUUUUCUAGGCUCGAUUUCCGCCGUCCCCUGAGUCCCGUCUUUGAUCUUGCCCGUGACGGCUCUGAUUCCUGAACAGCGGCUGGUUAUCAAGCCUAGUCUUGGACAGAAUAAAAUGGAACAGCAAACCCCCAUCCCCACCCCGCCCCCGCCAGUCAAGGAUGAAACCGCGCGAAGGGCAUAAGCGCGCCAUUUUGUUAUCUUUGAUUUGGAGAGGACGGGAGGUCUGGGUUUUCCAUUUAUUUUGGCCACCAUUGUAGGUGUUUCCACCGUCUGUUUGCUGUAUUCUCUCGGUUUAGAAUUAAGUGCAUGGUAAACAGCAAACGUCAGAUUCAAAUUGGUAACUUCUCAAAUGAGGAAAUGACCAGAUAAAAACUGUUCAAAAUAAUUCUUAUGGCUGAAUAUGGCAUGAAACUACUCAUAUCAUUUUAAACAUCACUUAAGGAUUCCCAAAGAGGAAACUUGGUUUCACGAUGCAAAUUGACCUGGGCCGUUUUCUGUUAACGUGAUUGUAAAUAUAUUUUCUUACCGGGGUAGUGUAAACUUCCGCUUAUAAGCCCUGGGCUUAUACAUCUUCGUAAGGGGUUUUAGGAGGUUUUAUUAACGGAGGGGCUUAUAUCCGGGGGGGCUUAUAAUCGGAAAUAUGCUGUAAACUGCCGCUUAUAAGUCCUGGCGUUAUACAUCUUCGUAAGGGGUUUUAGGAGGGCUUAUAAACGGAGGGACGUAUAUCCGAGGGAGGCUUAUAACCGGAAAUAUGCUGUAAACUUCCGCUUAUAAGCCCUGGGCUUAUACAUCUUCGUAAGGGGUUUUAGGAGGGGUUAUAAACGAAGGGGAUUACAACCGGAAUAGAAAAAGCGCUUGGAAACAAGCUAUAGCAGCGCUGAACAAAAUACGUUUUGUAUUUGUUGUUUGUUAAUUAAGCUUCAAAACAUCAUAAUAAAUCGAAUUCAUUUCUGUGCAUUUGGAGCGGGGCAUAUAUCGAAGGGGGUGGGGGAUGGGCUUACAAUCGGAAGUAUUUUUUGUUUACAGUUAGAUGAGCCCAUAACUGGGGGGGUGCCUAUAAGUGGGGAAUUGUAUAAGCUGCAGUUUUACGGUAAUCAAGUUGGGGUGGUCGCAUUUAACUGUGAAUGUAACGCGCUUUCUGUGCUGGUGCGUUCACAAGUUUGAUAGCAAAUGCAGGUUUGCCAACGCGGAUAUCUUUUUCUUUUCUUAAAGGAACUAAACUGGGCUGGCUUGUUAGCCGGAGAUCUUUUCCGCCGUCCAAAGGCGAAUGUUCUGAUCACUGUGGAUGGGAUUACCAAAGGUAACGAGAAAAAUUCCUCCAUCGUAGAUUUCUUUCUUGUAUUUCUUUCUUUAGUUAGAUUUCUCUAUUGGAUAACCAAUGACUAAAAGCAUGAGGCAGAUGACUUCUCGAAUUGCGGGUAUUUCGUAGACUUAUGACAAUUAUCGACAGCAAGUUAUUAAGGAUAUAUAGGGCCGUUUAAACAGGCGAUUGUAUCUCGCGAUUUGUUCCGCAACAAGCUAGGCGAUUUUCACCGCGAUCGUAGUGCAAUCUGUCGCUGAUUCUAUGGAAAGUGAUAUUUUUUUAGUAGCGAAAUUAUGACAGACGGACUUUACUGUUUUCGUGCAAAAGUUGCCCAGAGGUUGCCUCAUCGACUUUUCAGUAACUUGGCUGCAAUUAAUCGCGUGCAAAUCGCCCACUCUUUAUUAACGCGAUCUGGGGGUGCAGCCAAAUGGUCAUUUUUUGUGUGUGUCAAAUCCUGUGGAAGAAUCGCCGCCUUAAACUGACCUUGCAACAUUAUUUCUCGUUCCACCUGCAGUUGAACUGCAAUUUUUUUUAAUAUAAACUGGAACAUUGCCAAACCCUUCGUUUUUUAGUUUCUAAUUGGAAAGCCAAAAACAAAACUAAUACUUGUUCUUUUUUUUUCUUCUGAUAUGAGGCAAGUAACCCGUGGAAUUGCUAGUUUUAACUUACGUUAUAUGAGCAAUUCUCGACGAUUUAAGCGCGCUCAUGAAACGUUGCGGGGCAGGAUGAGUUUCAGCUGAGAGCCGAAAAAGUGACAAGUUUUAACUCUAUUGUUUGUUUGUUUCUUUUUGUGUUUUAGAUGACGAAUUUGAUCUACCUGGAAGAGUAUCUGCCUACCCCGUCCAGGAGGUGAGCAGUGAAAUAAAUGAACAGUUCAGUUUUUUGUUAUUACUUUAAACUCUUAUCUGCUUCAAAUCUAACUUUUUCCUUACUCUGUAGUCCGAAGAUGCCUCGAGUUUGGCUGCAAUUUUAUCAACAUCGAGUGUCACGCAAGAAAACCUACCAACACGCGUGACAGGUGCUUUUGGUGGCAAAUCGCUGACUGUUUCUGUCUCUGGCAAUGAACUGGUAAGAUUAGAAAUUUGUUUACCUGCAUCUCCACGUGCACCUUGAAGGGUGUAACUUUGAGUAGACUCGAUUUUCCACCCCCGACCAAGUAGAGUUUUAACUAUACUAUUAGGGUAAAGCUUAAAACGAAAUAACACUCACUACAUUGGUGGAUUCAGAUCUUUAGGGAGCUUUAGCAACGACGACGGCGACGGCAAGGAGAACGUCAGAAAAGCAAUAGGUUUAUUGAGCAAAAACACAACUUUGCACGUACCUCAUGCUUUUUUGUACAUUUUUUCGCCGUCGCUGCACGACUACGACGUGAAAAUGCCUAAUUUUACCUUUUUAUGGAGGACGUAAACACGAGACUGCAAAUUUUUCUUUCUCUUUCUAAACUUGAGUAAGGUCCCCAAGAAACCAACUCGGGGACAUUCGCCUACAUUUGACAUUUUCAGCAAUUUGAAGUGAACGCGAAAAAAUUUGAAAAAACGCGAAUUCAUUUUAAUAGUGACGUUUUCGCUGCAUGCCGUCGCCGUCGUCGAUGCUAAAACUCCUUUUUAAGUAAAUAGGGGUGGCGCCGUCGACGUGUCAACCAUGUGCUCGAACUAAGUUCCAUUUCCCGUUUAAUCUGUUAACUAGAACUCGGAUAACUCGAAUUCUGGUUCUUUUAACUCCACUCGCAGAUGCUGUUCAUUAGCUCUUCUUGAUGUAAUCGGUAAAAACACUUACUAACACUACAGCAAUUUGAUUUUAAUUGGUUCGACGAACAGAUCACUUUUUAUCAUAAAAAUGCAUAAUCAUGUUACCGUUUCAGGGUGAAAUACACUGAGGGGCUGAAAGAUCAUUAACUAUCAUUUGUCAACAUGGCAAAUUGAAUACCGUAAAAUUCCGAAAAUAAGCCCAGGGGCUUAUAUUUUUCAAAGGCCCUUUUGAGGGGCUUAUAUUCGGAGGGGCUUAUCUACGGAGGGAAAUUUGCGUUUCAAAAUCAAUUGGGCCAGCCUUAUAGUUGGGAGUAAAUUUAUCGUUUUUGCUUUGUUUUACUUUGUAUUUGAUGGCAGUAUUCCAAGUACAAGCUCACGGGGGGCUUAUAUUUGGAGGGGCGAUUUAACGGAGGGUUUUUUGCGUUACCGGUUUGGGGGGCUUAUAUUUGGAGGGGUCUAUACAUGGAGGGGCUUAUUUUCGGAAUUUUACGGUAUUCAGUGAAUCGAUCUCGAUAACUCGAACUGUUUUUCGUUUUCCUUCAGAGUUCGACUUUGAGGGGUUCUACUAUAUUAUAUUAAUGACAUAGUGGUGGUUUAUGCAUUUCCAACCUUUUAAUACUUGCGACUCGGUGGAUUUCGACAUUGGUAUUGUUACAUGUAGUUUUAGAAGCUGUUCCCUGUAAACCAGGCAGAAGUCAAGUACUGUAUUGAAAUUAUUGUGUUCUUUCAGUUGGCAGCCGCCGGUCACGCCACUGGUGCCAACAGCCACACCUUAUUUUGGAAUCAGGCAGAGGACAAAUUUAAGCAAGUAGAGGGCGAUUUAAAGGGACUGUCAGACUUAACUACUGCUAAAGAUGAGGUGACAGAUAUAAAGGCUGUUUUAGGUGUUCAAAUUGUGUGACGUAAAAUGAAAUUUAAAAAUGAUCUGAAAAAAGUGAAACGUGUCGAUCACCUUCAUAAUAUUAAUCGUCUUAUUCGCCUAAAUUAUUUUAUUAUAUUACUUUAUUUAAUACACAACAUAACAAAAAGGAAAACAAUAGGACACAAAGUCCCCUGCAAAGUGAAACCACACAAAACUACCCCCCAUUAAUAGCAUAAGAAAGGGGAAAAUACCAUCUCGCCAGAACCUUACCCACAUUUGAAAAAAAUUAAGUACAAGAAUGAAGUAUGAGAAGAAAAUGAUCCACAUAUCCGACACACCAAAUUUAACAAGGGCAUAACGCUAAAGAAGUAGCCUUAAGACAGUUUGGGGCAAACAAUCUUAGGUGAUCUUAUGUUGAUCUUAUGCGUUGUCUUAAAAGGGAUACUGCCUAUUUAUCUCUACGCUCCAGAUCAAUGUACAGUUUAGCCUUUUGUGGGGUAGAGAGAAUUUCGAUAUCACUCUGUCGUUUGGCUGGUAGCUUUGGUUGACUUCGUCUAUGCAAUUGAAGGAUUCACUUCAGGGUGACUACUUCACUUCUAUCUGUUGUGGGCUGCAUGAGUUGUUUGAAUAUGUAUUUUGAAAAACUUAUUUCAGUUUCCGUGUUGUUGUUUAGUUUGUCUGGUUGUUUGUUUAACGAAAGUAAUUUUCAUCAUUUUUCAGAUUUUAAAGAGGUUGGAGAAAGCUUAUUUUGGAAAAGGUACUUGUUUCUGUGAAACUUUGCUGGGCUCUUUGCCCCUUGGCGACCCUUCCGUAGAUAGAUGCGAGACAAGUUGCACGAGGCGACACCCCACGGAAUAAGCAUGUCUCGGAACACUUGAUUUUAGUAUAUACUAAAACAGUGGAUAGUGUUUUUCGCGCGCUCUGAUUGGCUACUCAAUCAGUGAAUAUCCUGCACUAUUCACUGAUUCACCUCCAGUUCCUCCGAGCGAGCGACGCCAAACUCGCGUAGGUUACGAGCAAAAUGCUUUCCAGGUUUGCUGCCGCAACAAACUAAGAAAUUUCAGAACUAAUCAAGCAAGCUAUUUCCGAAAUACAUGAGGAAGGUGACGAAGUUCGGUUUGGAAGUUUUAACAGGUAAAGCUUUGUCUUUUUUACUUGAAUAGUUAUCGAUAAAACCGGUGAAAAAAUUUUUUGUGUACAAAUGCAAAUUAAGCUUAAGUCUUGCGUUACUUUAUUUAGUAGACUUGUUAAUAAAUAAGCUUAAAACUAAAUUUAAUAAUCUUUUUUACAGAAUUAUUUUAAAUACAAACAGAAUUCACAACUCCUUUUGAAGAAACUUCCCUGCAAGAGCUAAACAAACGCCUUUAAAAGUUUUAUUUGUCGCUAAGAAAAAGCGACGAACGCGGCCGUUCGGUCAUCGCGCGCCAAAAUUGUAAUCGUUGGCAACAGUAAAUGAGUUAAAAAUCAUCAUUUUGUGCUCAAUUAUCUCACUGUUUUAGUGUAUACUAAAACAAUUAUUCACCUCAGUGUCGGUGGCUAGUAGUGGUGAUUUUCCUCGCCGCUUCGCGGCCGCGGUAAAUAUCCAAUACUAGCCACCUCCACUUCGGUGAAUACUUGUUAUCUGUCUUGUGCAGCGCCGUGUGCCGUAACGAAAACAUGGCGAGACAUGGUUAUUUCAGGGAAUGAAGCAGUAGGCAGUUUCUCUAGGCAACUUUGUUGCGAGAUAAGUGGGAAAAAAGUUGCCUAGUGUAGUGUAAUGCCUAAACCCUUUCUAUCUCACAAGCAACUCCGAAGAUAUAUAAUGUAGACGAGGAUCUAGUUUGUCUGAGAACGAAAUCCUAUGGUGUUACCAUUCAAAUGAAACCUCUUUGGUAGUGCUUUCACAUAGUGCUAUUCAUUCAGUAUGAAGUUCUAACUUUUCAAUCCGUGUUGAAAAUCCCAUAAUGUUACCAUUCAAAUGAUACCUUUUGUGCAGUUCUCUCGCAAGGUACGGUUUCUUAAACAAUAUUUUUCAACAUAAAAUUUCAAUAUUCGGCAAUCUUGGAAGUUCAAGGGUCAAAUCUGCAAUUCGUUUGGAGACGCUGCGUUACAGUCUUUUCAACAGAAUUCAAGAAUUCACAUCAUGGACUCUAUCAUUUUUUUUUUCGAUCAGGCGUCAAGUUUUCUUCAGACACCAAAGAAUUCACUGUCUCGAUUCCUGGCAAAGGAAACGCUGUAUUUAACGUGGAGAAGAAGGUGAAAAGAUAAAAGAGACACGAUUUUAAUGUAGUGAAGACUUAAGUGAAUGCUCUGGACUAACGAUCCAAUUCCCAGUGCGAUCCCAUCUGCCUGAGAGAAAGAUACGAAUACUACAUACGUGAUGUAGAUUUCGAGUACAAGCAGUCUUUGAACGAUAGGUUCACACUGCAGCACGGUGUAGUUAUAAUAAAAUUUCGACCCUGCUCUCCAUAGAGCCUCCAGGCAAUUAAAGCAAUUGCAAAUUAGCCCAAAAGAAUUGGAAAAAUUGGUUAGAGCACUGCAGCGCUAACGCAGAGGCCAUGGGUUCGAAUCCCGUUGAAGUCCUGAUAUUUUCUUCGCGUUAAUUUGCAAUUGCUUAAAUGAAUUGUAAUUACCACUGCGACGAUCAUAUCUUCAUUGAAAUUUGUAUUUCCGCAGUUCACAUCAUCAUUCAAAGAACCUUUAGUACUAAAAGAUCCACAAUAUCCACGAACACAUUCUCACAACUGAUCUCCAUACGUUUCCUUAAGGAAUUAGUGAAGAGAAUUUGAUAGAAGAUCAAAGCAUUUUCCCUUUGGUGAUCAUUUAAUCAAUUCUCAUAACCUCUUCUCUUGAUGGUGUAUUGAAAAUGCUGGGAGAAAAUUGAUGUUUGUCAGUCUUGGGACUAAGAGGGUUAAUUAAGAGAGGGGUCGCAUAAAUGUACAAAGUUUAACCCUAAGCAGGCACGCAAAUUCCAUAAAAAAAUUCUAUCCUAUGCUUAUCUUAGAGGAUACGCUUAGAAUGUUUCUUUUUAUCUUUUAUUGUCAUUUGUUUUGUUAGGUUUUUGUUUUUGUUUUGCUUUGUUUGUUUUUUUUUAUAUAUAUAUUCUCACUUAAAAUUUUCUGCCUUUGUAGGAAGACUUCUUGCUCUUCGCUGAAAUCGAUGCUAUCUUCCAGAUAAUAGAGAAGGUAUUUAAUAAGUGAUUAAACAUUUGUUUCGUUUUUUGUUAUGGUACUCCGCAUUAUGACUGAGUCUUAUUCUUUUUCUUAUUCAUUUUCUUAUUAUUUUAUUUUAUUUGUAUUUUUAUUAUUUUUUGCCUUUUCAGCUGAAAUCUAACCCCAGCCUGGUACAAGAUGGAAUACCAGACAUAUAUACCCUGAGUCUCUCUUCUGUGAAGGUAGGUUUUCAUCACAAUAAAGAGUACUAAGAAUCCAUUACCUAGUUAUUGUUGAUUAGCUGUUUGUGCGGCAACACUGCGCUGGUCACUGUAUUGUGAUUUUGAGUAUCUGUUACAAGCAAAAAUGUUAGAAAAUGUUUUGUUUGUUCUCUCUGUCUCUUUUUUUUUACAUAAAUUCUGUCAUUUCGGGGCUUCCACCAUAUUUCAGUUGGUCGUUCCUUUGCUGGCUUUCUUAGCUAAUGCACGUUUUUUUCUGUUUAUCUGUAGAUCCUUCGCCGCCGUUAUGGUGACAAAUCCUCUCAAGCUGAGGGAGCUGUUCAUUUUCUCCAGGGCGUCAUUCCAACGGUAAACGUUGUUUUACCCUUUCACCCCCAAAAGUGGACGAAGUCAAAAUUGAACAAUUCUUCUAAAUUUCAUUUUGUGAAAUGCUGAAAAACAAAGAGUACCAAGUCAAAGUACUGCUGAAGAGGUUUCAUUUGAAUGGUAACACCAUAGGAUUUCAUCCACAGACUCACAAGUUAGAACUACAUACUAAAUAAAUAGUACCAUGUGAAAGUACUGCUGAAGAGGUUUCAGUUGAAUGGUAACAGCAUAGGAUUUCAUUCAAACUUGCAAAAGUUAAAACUACAUACUAAAUUUAUGAAAAGUUCUGACUUAAGCUGAGAGAGUUAAUACGUAACGGUGCUGAUAGGAAGCAACAGGUUUAUAUUAUUUUAUAUUUUUGCCUCUGUAGAUUGUAAAGGAAUUCACUGAUUUGUACAACGGAAAUGUUCUGGUAGAAGUUCUGUCUUUGGAAUGGAAAGGGUGAGUACUGCUCCAAACGACGUGUUCACACUCGCUUCAUGUUUCGCGUAUUCACACUUGACUUCACGUGUGUCCAAUUUCAUGAAAGAGGGCUUAUACAAAGGCGUUUUUGAGCGGUGCACGCCGUCAACCGGAAGUGACGCCUCUUUCCCUUGUAAUAUGUCUUAACGCUACCAAAUUUGUGUUGCGGCUAACGCUCCGGUACGACGCUCGAUGUGUGUCUACGACUUGUAAACGUUUUGCGCCGUUUCUGCUCAUACCAGGCCUUACGGUGUGCUCUGAAUUCCGUGUGACGUUGGCACACGACAUUUGAACCGGACCUCAUACUUUAGUGGGAGUCUUAGUACUGUGUCGGGGGCAAAAGAGUAUUUAAAUGACGUUAUGGACGUGUUGUGGGACCAGGGUUAUGCUGUGAUCUUAAUACUAACAUGCUCUCCUUUUUCUGGCCAGUGAUCUUCAUACUAAGUACCCCCAGGAGAUGCAUGUGGUUUAUAAUGAAAUGCAGCCUUACUUGUCAUCGCAGUCAGCCGAUAUGUUCCGUGAUCAGCUUCCAGCUAUCACUCUCAGACAUGACUUGGUAAGUACACGGUGAAUGAACAGGGGACCCACAAAAAGUAGGUAGAACUGUUAAAGGGUUAUGUCACGCUAUUUGUUAUUGUUUUAAAAAGCUGAAACUUGUCUUCGCAUCAAUUGGAGUGCCCAAAUUAAAGGCCGGGUUUUGUUUUAGAAAAAGAAAAUAGUAGCCCUUCUUCAUCUUUAUUUUACUUAUUUCUUAAUAGAAAUUUUUGUUUUGUAAAAAUACUCGGAAAUGAAUAGUACUAUUAAGAUGUACCAAUAGGUUUUAUUUGAGUGGUAACGUGAACGAAUUUUGUCCACAGACUGGAGUGAUCUGAUGAGACAUCUAACAUCUUUCUUUUUUCUUACAGGAGGACACUAUGAAGGAAUCCUUAUGUGAGGCGCUGCAGAAUAAACUUCUCUCCGUUCAGUCUCCGUUACGGGUAGGUGCUGAAUUGUUUUUUAAAUCUUGUUGACAAUGAUCGCCAUGCAGAAGAAUUUUCCUGGCUUUUGACGCUGUUGUGGAAAAGUGUACGUGUUUACACUGAGAUGAAAGCCUCUUUUAUGCUGUACAAGGUGGUUCUUCUAACUUUGUCUGUGGAUGCGAUGCUCAAGUGUGACCAUUCAAAUGAAAGCUACCGAGUAGUACUUUUCUGUGUUACUAUUUCUUGUGCUGUACAAGGUGGUUCAAACGUUUGAGUCUAGAGGAAAUCCUAUGGUGUGACCAUUCAAAUGAAAUUUACUGAGCAGUACUUUCCUGUGGUACCGGUAAAUUUUGUUAUGUUGUACAAGGUGGUUAUAAUUUGUGAGUCUGUGUAUGAAAUCCUAAAGUGUGACCAUUCAAGUGAAAUUUACUGAGCAGUACUUUCCUGUGGUACCUGUAAAUUUUAUUAUGCUGUACAAGGUGGUUAUAAUUUUAGAAUCUGUGGAUGAAAUCCUAAAGUUUUCCCAUUCAAAUGAAAGCUAUUGAGCAGCACUUUCUUGUGACACUGUUUAUUAUACUGAACAAGGUGGUUCUGUCGUUUGAGUGUAUGCAUGAAAUCCUGUGGUCUGACCAUUGAAAUGAAAGGUACUGAGCAGUACUUUCCUUUGGUACUGUUCUUUAUGUUGUACAAAGUGGUUCUUGCUUUUGAGUGUGGAUGAGACGAUCAAGUGUGACCAUUCAAAUGAAAGUAACCGAGGAGUACAUUCCUGUGGUAGUGCUUAUUAUGCUUUACGAGAUAGUUCUAAAUUUCGAAGCUGUAGAUGAAAUCCGUAAAUGUGACCAUAUAAAUUAAAGCUACUGACCUGUAAAUUCCUGUGGUGAUGUUUAUGCUAUGAAAGGGGGAUGUUAACAUAACGUUAUGGUGGAUGAAGCCUUGAAGUGUAACAAACUAAUCAGUGAUUAGCUACUGAUCGCCACCGAAUUCUGUACGAAAUGAGCUGGCUCCUUCUGGUUCGUCUCGUAUUUUAGUUGUCGCUCAUUGUAUUUUUUUGCGUAGGUAACCUGUGGUAGAGGGCACAGGUCAAGGCGUGCAGCCGUCAGUGCUUCAGAAGGAGUGGUAAGCACACAUUUAGCGUAAAAUUGUGACGAGCUAUACAGACAACUUUCUUUUAACGAAGAACUCUAAAAGACGGGGAUCAGUUUGAGAUCAUAGGAAACUGUCCACCUACUCCUCCCUUAAUACAACGUUAACUAAGACAAAUGUUGGGUUAGAGGAGGAUUGGGUCGGGGUCACCCUUCUAAGACGGACACUUGAGGUAGUCUUUUUCAACCUUCUCCCCAGAGCCUUGCCUUUAAAACAUGAGAGGGACUUGUAAUAGUUGAUUGUCUCAACUUAGCGAGCGAACAAAUGCACUAUUCACCAUUUUCACAUAGACCACAAUGCACGUUGUUUACCCCUCAACAUUUUGCAUAACCACUGCCUUCGAUUUCUCUUGAAACGGCUUAACACCCAGGGCCGAGUUGUUCAAAGCUGGGUUAAGAUAACCCAGGGUUAGUGCGAGAUUUGAAUUCAGAUAUGAAAGCUUGAAAAAAGCAUUUCAGUUUUAAUUCUUUUUGUCUACAAGUUGAUGAUUGGAAGCUCUAAAAAUAACCGAGAAAAUUAUCCGAGAAAAUACUUUUGAACAUAAGAAAAAGGAAACCGGGGUUAAAUUUAACCCCGGGUUAAGCGCUAAUCGGCCUUUGAACAACCGGUCCCAGGAGAAAAUAUGCAAAAUUUUGGGAGGGAAAUAAGGUGCAUUAUGGUCUAUGUGAAAAUGGCGAAUGGAUAAAGUUAUGUGCUCUUUUAUUUCCCUUAAUUUAACCUGAGCACUCGCUUUCAUAUUGAGAGUCUUCUAGUUCUUAUUUAUUUCUUUAUUUAUUAAAAUUAUUUACUUUUGUAUUUUUUUAUCUCAAGGCUACAAACAGUAGUGUCGACUUGAGCAAGGUCAACCUGGCACCAGUUUACUCGGCAGACUAUCCCGUAAUAUUCAACAUCUGUCUGUGGCUUUUGGUGGUGUUAGCCCUGGCUCUUUACGUCAUUAGUCUGGUCAUGUGGUACCUGGAUCCCGGUCGUGACAGCAUUAUUUAUCGCAUGACGAGUCAGAGAAUUAAGACUGAUUGA